AUGAAGGUUCCCAGCAUAAGAAGUACUGAAAUAAAGAACCACUCUGCCAUGAUGGAGUUUAUACUGGUUGGUUUAACCAAUUCCACUGAAAGGCAGUCAUUUCUUUUUGGGGCGUUCCUGUCCAUCUAUGUGAUGGCUUUAGCUGGCAACAUCCUCUUCAUCUUUACCAUUUGCACAUGCAAGAAACUCCACACUCCCAUGUACUUCCUGCUCAUCAAUCUCUCUUUAGUCAAUGUUUUCUCCGUCUCAGUUACAACUCCAAAGCUGCUUCAGAAUCUUUUAACCCCCAGAAAGUCCAUCUCAUUUUAUGGCUGCAUUGCACAGGUGUUUCUCUUUAUAUGGACUUUGGGGACAGAACUUUUGCUUCUCUCAUUUAUGGCUUUUGACCGUUAUGCUGCCAUCUGUCAUCCUUUGCAGUAUAUAGUCAUCAUGAGGAAGAAAGUGUGUGUUGGCAUAGCAAGUGGAGUCUGGAUAGCUGGGAUGGUCAAUUCUGCAGUUCACACUGGACUUAUGUUGCAGCUUUCCUUCUGCAACUCCAUCAUCAUCAAUCAUUUCUUUUGUGAUAUACCCCCACUUUUGAAGCUCUCGUGCUCUGACACCAAUCUAAAUGAGACUGUGGCUCUUGUAGCAGAUGUCAUAUUUGGGAUUUGCAGUUGUGGGUUGACUCUAACAUCAUAUUUGUUCAUCCUGAGAACAAUUUGCAGGAUGCAUUCCACUGAAGGGAGGAAGAAAGCCUUUUCUACAUGUUCCUCACAUCUCAUUGUAAUCAGUUUUUACUUCUCCUCAGUCAUCUACACCUAUAUCAGACCAACCUCAAAAUAUUCUUUAGAGGAAGACAAACUUGUUUCUCUCCUUUAUUCAAUAGUAACCCCAGUUGUUAAUCCAUUCAUAUAUUCUCUGAGAAACAAAGAGGUGAAAAAUUCUAUCAGGGAGCUUAUUGGAAGAAACAAACUACUCCCAAAUCCUCAAAAUAUGCUUAUUAGGUCUUUUAGAGCAGGGGUGGGCAACCCAGUGACUUCCCGAUGUUUGAGUCCUCAUCACCCUGAUCCCUGA